UGCUGGCUCGCUGGUUGCAGGUGCUCUGGUUGUCUGGAGUGGGGGGAUGCGAAAGGGAUGGCGGAAUGAAAGCCGAGAAAGUGAGCAGGGCAUGAGAAGAGGGAGCGUAGCCGGGGAUUGCACGAUCAACGUCCUGGGAGGGCUCGACCAUGCACCCUGUACCGAGAGGAGGGCACUUCCAGAUAUGAUGAGGUCCCUUUCUGGACGGCGAUAGUACUAUGAUUUGGUAUGUGGUCACUUUCAUAGCAAGUGUGAUCAGCACCCGAGGACUGGCAGCUCAAGGUGCCCACGGAAUCCGUGAGGAGCCUCAGUUUGUGACGGCUCGGGCCGGCGAUACCGUCGUCUUGGGAUGUGACGUGGUCCACCCAGUAAGUGGCCAGCAACCUCCAUAUGUGGUGGAGUGGUUCAAGUUUGGAGUUCCAAUACCUAUCUUCAUCAAGUUUGGAUUUUAUCCUCCUCAUGUGGAUCCAGAGUAUGCUGGUAGGUCUAGUCUGUUUGGCAAAGCUUCUCUACGCAUCGAACAGGUGCGAUCUGACGAUCAAGGCUGGUAUGAAUGUAAAGUCCUGAUGUUAGACCAGCAGUACGACACCUUUCAUAAUGGCAGCUGGGUACACCUCACAGUGAAUGCCCCCCCUACUUUCACGGAGAUACCCCCCCAAUAUGUAGAAGCCAAGGAGGGAGGCAGCAUCAUCUUGACAUGCAAUGCCUUUGGAAACCCUAAGCCAGUUGUUAGCUGGUUGCGUGAAGGACAGCUUCUUGGGAAUGAUGAGAAAUAUAAGGUGAGUGAUGGCAGCUUAACAGUUCACUCUAUCAGCCGUGAGGACAGAGGAGCCUAUACCUGCCGAGCCUACAGUGUCCAAGGAGAAGCUGUCCACACAACUCGCCUGCUUGUUCAAGGACCUCCUUUCAUCGUGUCGCCACCUGAGAACAUAACUGUAAACAUAUCCCAGGAUGCCCUUUUUACAUGUCAGGCAGAAGCGUACCCUGGCAACCUGUCCUACAUCUGGUUUUGGGAGGAAGACAACGUCUUCUUCAAGAAUGACUUGAAGCUAAGGGUGCGCAUUUUGAUUGAUGGAACCCUCAUCAUCUUCCGGGUUAAGCCAGAGGAUGCUGGGAAGUAUACCUGCAUUCCCAGCAACAGCCUGGGUCAGUCUCCAUCAGCUUCAGCUUUCCUCACAGUGCAGUACCCUGCAAGGGUUGUGAACAUGCCACCUAUUAUUUACGUCCCCAUUGGAAUGCCAGGAUACAUACGCUGCCCAACAGAUGCCAACCCACCAGUGAUGUCUGUCAAGUGGAACAAAGAAGGUCGUCCUCUGAGAGUUGAGAAGUACCCAGGAUGGACUCAGAUGGAGGAUGGAAGCAUCCGUGUAGAAGAGGUGACGGAGGACUCACUCGGCACUUACACCUGCGUGCCUUAUAAUGCUCUGGGCACCCUGGGACAGUCGCCCCCUGCCCGAUUGGUGCUAAAGGACCCCCCUUACUUCACGGUGCUACCAGGCUGGGAAUACAGGCAGGAGGCUGGGAGAGAGCUAGUUAUCCCUUGUGCUGCUGCCGGAGACCCAUUUCCAGCCAUCACAUGGAGGAAGGUAGGGAAGCCCAGCAGAAGCAAGCACAAUAUUCUUCCGAGCGGCAGCUUACAGUUCAAAUUUCUCAGCAAGGAAGAUCAUGGAGAAUGGGAAUGUGUCGCCACCAACGUUGUAACAAGCAUCACUGCCAGCACUCACAUUCUCGUAAUUGGCACAAGCCCUCACGCCCCUAUCAACGUGCGCGUGUUGGCCUCGACCAACUCUGCGAAUAUUACUUGGGAGCCCGGCUAUGAUGGUGGAUUUGAGCAGACAUUCUCAGUUUGGUAUGGCCCUGUGGUGAAGAGAGCUCAGUUUGGACCUCAUGAUUGGCUGUCACUGCCAGUGGCCAGUAGUUUAACCUGGCUACUGGUGGAAGGCCUUGAACCUGAGACAGCCUACCAAUUCAGUGUUCUAGCUCAAAAUAAACUGGGCACAGGGCCCUUCAGCGAGGUCGUCACUGUGAACACGUUAGUAUUCCCAAUUACUACCCCUCAACCAAUGGUGCUGCUCUCACCACCAAGGUGCCUAACAGCCAAUCGCACGGGUCAAGGAGUUUUACUUUCAUGGCUUCCGCCUGCCAAUCACAGCUCACCAAUUGAGCGCUACAUCAUGGAGUACCGAACAGGUGAAAGAUGGGAUAUUUUAGAAGAUUCUAUUCCUGGAGGAGAGAAUGAAUUGUUGGCUCGUGAUCUGGCUCAGGACUCAUGGUUUGAAUUUCGAGUUAUGGCUGUCAUGGAAGAUCUUGUCAGUGAGCCAAGUAAUGUUGUUGGAGUUUCUAGCUCAGAUCUCUUUCCUCCACCGGAACUACCCGAGGAAGGACUGGCACGCCCUGUGGUAGCAGGGAUUGUAGCCACUAUUUGCUUUCUUGCAGCUGCAAUUUUGUUCAGCACCUUGGCAGCGUGUUUUGUGAAUAAGCAGCGCAAACGCAAGCUAAAACGGAAGCGAGAUCCUCCUCUUUCAAUAACUCACUGCAGAAAAAGUGUUGAGACUCCGACUCCUCUUACCCCACUGCCUGGUAGUGAGCCCUGUUGGGAGGGGAUUGACGGGAGCAGCAGCAAGCUCCCCCACAGCCCCCAAUCUUCCUCUGGUAAAGUAAGUCCAGAGAGCAUUCGGACUCUAAGAGCACCAUCAGAAUCCUCUGAGGAUGGACAGAGUCCACAGGUGAAAAAAAUGUUAAGCCCCAGCAAAGAAAGAGAGCUUUCACUUUAUAAGAAGACCAAAAGAGCAAUAACCAGCAAGAAGUACAGUGUCUCAAAGCAUGAAGCUGAAGCGGAAGCAACAACACCUAUUGAACUAAUAAGCAGGGGGCCCGAUGGCCGGUUUGUAAUGGAACCUUCUGAUAUAGAGUCUGCUGUUAAGCCCCGCAGAAUCGAAGGGUUCCCUUUUGUGGAAGAGUCAGAUAUGUACCCUGAAUUUCGACAGUCAGAUGAGGAGAAUGAUGAUAUGGGACCUUUGCCUCCAGCUGUGGCUGCUCUUAAAUCUCAGCUCUCUCCUCUUUCUUCUAGUCAAGAGUCUUAUCUUCAACCUCCAGCCUACAGCCCAAGGAUACAGAGGCCAUUGGAAGGAAUAAGCUUAAUGGAGAGCAGCAGGCUACAGGCUACCGGACAAAUCAGGGCCCCAACCCAUCACCGGGGCUUCCAGCAUGGCCAAUUCUACACCUACAUAGGCAGUCCUGGGGAUCCUGAUCCCCCGCCACCCUUCUACAUGCCUGAUAUCAGCCCACUGAGCUCAGUGAUGUCUUCUCCGCCUCUUCUACCAGAGGGUCCUUUUGGGCAUCCAACUAUCCCAGAGGAAAAUGGGGAAGGUGAGAUGCCACACUACACUGCCUCCAGCAGCACCCUGCCUCUGACACACACACCUACUUCCGGGCAUUCCCCAGAACUAUGGAGACGUCCAGAUUUUCCUAUUGCAAGCCUUGAAGGACAUUCCUUGAUGUUUGAUCCCCAUCUUCCUCUACACCACCACCACCUUCGUCGGGAUCUGCCAGACCCUCCACCUCCUCCUCCUCAUGUUCAUGGUUUUCCCAGAGGAAAUUUCCCUCCUUCUUCUCUCCAAGUCCCUAUUGUUCCUUACCCUGGUGUGCUGCAGUUGGAGGCUCCAAAGAGCCAACCAGGCAAGUCUCCAAGCAAGGUUAAGCCCUCCAGCUUCAUAGUCAAGCAUCUACCUAUGCAAGAGGCAAAGAGUCAAGGGCAGCUAAGACAUACCAACCAUGGUAUGGGUGUACCAGUUUUGCCUUACCUUGAUCCAGCAGUCCACAUGGGAGGCCCAAGCAGCACAAGCACAUUUGGUGGCCUAGACACCCUGUGGUAUGAGCCUAAGCCUCGGCAAAGCCCAAGGCUGAUGCGCCGGGCUGAGCCAAGCUUACACCAGGUUGUCCUACAGCCAUCACAUCUUUCCCCCCUCACUCAGAGUCCUCUCAGUUCUCAUGAGGGUUCUCCUGAGCUUGCUGCUCGUCCCCGGCCGCGACCUGGUUUCAUUCAGCCCUCCAUCCCUCCAGAGAUGUCGGAAAUCACUCUGCAACCCCCAGCAUCUGUCAGUUUUUCCAGGAGGUCAUCACCCUCCUCUUCUCCAGCCCAAGGGACGGGCAGCAGGAGGGCCAGCCCUAGCUAUCGGCCACAGCUUGCUUUUGCAACAACAGCCACAAGUUAUCCCUCCCAGUCUCCGUCUCCCCCCAUGGAGAGCAGCAGCAUUUUUGGGCAGAUUCCACCCCAGAGAAGAACAGAUGAGGAGAUCCUUCCUUCAGAAUCCUCACCUCCACAAUUUUCAGCUUCAGGGAAACGUUUAGUUACACCAAGUUCUGCUGCUGCAUCUGAGAGGUUUGAAGCACUGAGAUACCAACGGAUUAAAAAACCCAAAAAGGUCAACAAUGAUACUUCAAGGUCCAGGAAAAAAACAACUGUGCCUUCCUCUCAGAUACAGCAGCCACGUGCCUCUCAGGUACUCCGGCCCGAAGAAGCUCUCUACCUCCGUAAGAAGAAGAAAAGAUCCAUUCAACAGGAUCCAUAUGCUCGCUUCUCCGCCCUGCUUUAUCGGCGCCGGCCAGAGGACCAGAAGGCAAUCCUGGCCAGCAUGGACAUGGCUGACCCUGAUCAUGCCACCCUACUAUAAAGUCAGUCCGUUGCAGCAAUUCUAAUUCAUCGGCCAGCCCCCUGUGUAGGGUGCUGCCAAUGGUUUUUACUCUCUCUCUUUCUCUCUUCUAAUAUCAUAACAAUCAGCUGUAUUCACCACGCAUUUGUAGACAUGUAAAUGCAUUUCUAUCCUUUGUAUUUCCAGCUUGCCAAAUGCGUGAUGAGUAAAAGCUAUUUAUGGGAAAGUUCUAUAGUUAUGCCAAAAAUAAGAAAGCUCUUUUAAAUAACAUCAACAUACUGUACUGUAUGCGGACUAUAGGAUUUUGUGCCAUUGCGUAUCAUAGUAUUUUUACCAAGGAGAGCAGCAUUGAGACUAGGUUCAUGGCGGCCUGUUCUGUCUUUUGUUAAGCACCACAUGUUGAUUUUAUAUUAUUCCCUUUACUUUAUUUUGCUACAGUAUAGAAUUACUUUUAUUUACUCUUUCAAUUUCUUUAAAUAAUGGCUUCAUGGUUUUAACCUCAGCCAUUCCAUCUUAUAACCAAAUGUGGAGAUUGUAAAAUGCUUCUAGCCAGCUAACAGGCCGUACAGACCUAUGUCUUAUAUGCAAUAAUCUCCAGUUAUUCAACAGAUUUCUAAUUCUGGAUUUUGUUAGCUGAAAUUUUUUUUCUUAUUAUUUAUUUUUGUAUUAGUUUCAAACAUGUGAUGGUGCUGUUAGAAAUAAAACUAAACUCACGUGACAAAGUACAAUAUAGUGUUCUUCUGAACUCUUAAAAGUAGUGAAUGCUCCUAGCCAGUUUCAAGCAGUACACCAGUAGGCUGUCAUUUUUUAUUGUUAUUUUUGAUAAAAAAAAAAACUAUUUUACAAUGCCACAUAUGAAAUAUUGAAAAGAAUAUUUCAGUUUUUUCCAAAUGUGGUAAGUAGGAGCAUUAAAGCUUGACUGUUUUUAGGGGAAUUGGGCCUCAGGUUUAAUGUCUGUUACAAUGAACCAUUUUGCCAUCCAAGUGCCCCUCCCAGCAAAAGCAGAUGUUCUCUUCAAGCAUUGAUUUCUUUCUUUUUUUAUCUUCUUUUCAGCAUCUGACAUCUAAAUUUCACUUUUGGAUUAAAAACUUGCAAACUGAGUUAUUCUCAACUGUCAAACAGGGUGACUUUGCCUUUUAUUUUAUUUUAUUUUUUUUUUUGUAAUUGAAAGCUAAUGCAGCUUAAUUCUACAUUACAGUUCUGUAAUAGGAUUGUGAUUGGAACCAUGUUUAAAUCUCCAGGUGCUGUUUUUUGGUUUUUAGUGUUAAAGAAGUUUGGACUUCAGAGGUUUCUUCUGAGUGGAUUGUUCAGUCUAAAUAUGAACUUUUUAUAUUUGUAAAAUUAGGACUGAAUUUUCUGUUUGUUUGCUUUUGUUUUUUUUCCUUUUCUUUCACAUUGCUAAUAGUAGUGGUGGGCCAUUGGCCAGAUUAACUUUGAAGCAUAAUCAUUUUAAUAAUUUUGCUCUGAACAUGUCAGCUACCACAUACUGAAUGAUACUUGUAAUUAGUCAUUUGACAAUGUUCUACAUAUAGUAAGUUCACAAGAGAGUCACAGUGUUUAUUGUGAUACCUCAGUAGUAAUUCCAGGGUAGAUAGCCAGUCUAUUUAGAAGAUUUGUUAGGGUCAGUAAACAAACCUUUUUUUGUGUUCCACAUAUGUUCCUCUAGGUUUGGGAGGGAAAAGCAUUUUUACCUAAUGUAGGCAAGACAACUUGAGAUUACUAAAAAACCCAAAAAAAUAGCCUUUGAAAUCAUCCUCAAAUCAGAGUCAGCAUUAAGCGUGAAUAAGGGUUAGAGAAGUGUUGCCUUUGACAUCA